AUAUAACGGCAAAGAUAUGUAUAUAAGCCGGACCUCAAGUCAUUGUACCAAGGACCUUGAACAGUUUGACUCUUAAAACUAUUUAUUCUUUCCCCAAAAGUCAAGUACUCCCCUGUCUCCGUCUCAGUGUCAAACCAACCUCAAACAAUUAUCCGUCCGCCAUGGGCUCUCUCUCCAUCCCACCCCUUUCUAACACACACUGGGAGUUGUUGGUAAGGUCGCAGUUUCUCGUCAAACCUCGACCGCCGCCCAAAGGAACAUCACUUUGUGGCCAGACAGCCAUUAUCACCGGCGGUAACAGCGGCAUCGGCCUGGAAACCGCCCACGAGUUUCUCGAGCUUGGAGUCAAGCACCUCAUUCUCGGAGUGCGAUCCGUCAAGAAAGGCGAGGAGGUCGCCAUCCCAAUGAGAGAGGCACAUCCUGAAGCCAAAGUCGAAAUCUGGCCGCUAGACAUGCUCUCGUAUCAGUCCAUCCAAGAAUUCGCGGAGAGGUGUGCACAAUUAACACGCCUUGACAUUGCCAUCCUCAACGCGGCCUUUACACAGAAGGAGUUCAAGAUCAACCCCUCUACGAAACACGAGGAAGUUUUCCAAGUCAACUAUCUUUCCACCGCUCUCCUCGCCAUCCUCCUCCUCCCGACCCUCAAAGCGAAAAGCCCCACCGGCACGCCCGGCCGACUCACGCUCGUCUGUUCUGGUACGGCACUCGCGUCGAAAUUCCCCAAUCGCGACGCCGUGCCCUUGAUCCCCUCCUUCGACGAUGGCACUGGCUGGAACCUUUUCGCAGCCAACGAUCGCUACGGGACGUCCAAGACGCUCGUCCAGAUGCUUACCCACAAGCUGGGGGAACUCGUCCCGCGGGAGGACGUGCUGGUCAACACCGUUGACCCGGGACUGACGGGUGGCUCUGGGCUGUUCAGAGACGCCAAAGGCCCAUUGCUGUGGGCCCUUAAGCUCUGGUUGCUGGUUGCGGCGCGGACGCUGCGACAAGCGGCUUGGACGUACGUGGAUGCGGCGGUUGUGAAGGGUGAAGCGACUCAUGGCUCGUACUUGAUGAACUUGGAGAUCUACCCGUUUUACCCCGUGAUGUACCAAGAAAAGGGGAUGAAAACAGUAGAAAGGCUUUGGGACGAGACCUUGGAGGAGUUGGAAUUCGCUAACGCUAAGAAGAUAAUGGAAGCUCUAAAGUGAGAGAGGCAUUUGUCCGCAGUAUGAGCCGGUCAAACAUAUCGUGGAGGUGCAUGAGGGAGUUAAUAGCUUGGCUGGUACUAGCAGUGUUUUCUUUCUCUGACAUUAGACAAUUAAUACGGC